GCAACGACAAAAUGUUCGCUGUAAUGAGAAUCGACAACGAUGACUGCCGGUCGGAUUUCCGCCGCAAGAUGCGUCCAAAGUGUGAGUUCAUUUGCAAGUACUGCCAGCGGCGUUUCACCAAACCCUACAAUCUGAUGAUUCACGAGCGCACCCACAAAUCACCCGAGAUAACGUACUCCUGCGAGGUCUGCGGCAAAUACUUCAAGCAACGCGACAACCUGCGUCAACACAGAUGUAGUCAAUGUGUAUGGCGAUAAACAGCAAACGCCAGCGCAAACUUAAGCACUUCUUCUCUCAUGCACUUAAAUUAAAAACGCUAAAGCGAAAAAGCAAAAACAUCAAACAAAAUAUAAAUAUGACAUACCUACAUAUAUAAAUCACCUAAAACCCAGCUAUAUAAAGCAAGCACAAAUGUUGCACACACGCACGCAUGCACAUAUGCACGUAAAUGUACGCUCUUACCACCACUUGCACUUUGCACGCAAACAAACAGAAACAACAGCAACAAUAAUUUGGCAAAAUAUUUAAAUAAGUAAUAAUAAAGUAAAGCGGACUGCAAACCUGGCAAACGCUCUUGGCGCGGCGCUGCAACCGAUCUCCAUGUGGUGGCGCAUGGCCUCGGCCUCCGCGGUGGUGUAUGGGGUUUUUGGUGGCUUGGAAAUGUUUGAAUUGAACUUGUGGUGUUUGGUGUUAUUGACGGCGGCAGAUUAAGUGAAGCUUCCCUUUACGGAUCAUCAAAGAAAGUAAACCUGUAAAUACAUACAUGCAUACAUAUAAGCGGCCGCCUGCGCGUCAAGUCAAUUUCCCACAGUUUCUGGCAGUUUGAAGUAUGCACAUGGAUACUUGCGGACGCAUGUACUAAACAAGCCAACAAAGCUCGCGAAAACUCCAAAACAACAACAUAUACAUAUAUGUAUGUAACAAAGCAAUGCUUCAACUAAUUACCCAACUGGAAUAACAGUAGAUAAAUAAGUACAUAUGUACAACAACAGCAAUCAAGAUCCACAUAGAUCCACCCAAGAGCCUUCGACGUAAGCCAAUAGUACCACAACUGCUUUCGAUGCAAUUAACUUCGCUUAAUAACAACAACAACCACAAUAUCACCCUCGACAUCGACUUCAACUGCGACGCUGUCCCGAAAGCGCAAUUAAGCGACGACUUUUUGCGUUUUUUAACUUCAGCGCCACGCAGCGCGUCCAAAAGCCAGCGUCGAACGAAGAAGCAGCAGCAAAGCGUAGAAAUCUUUGCUUGUCACAAGCCACCAAGCAUGAGUCAUAAGCGCGCAACAAACUUUGCAGUCAACUUUUCAAC